CAAGUCGGAGUCAGGACAUAAACUUUACGCACAAGUUUCCUUUAGGAGCAAAGCGGCGCUGCAAGGUCAUAGCUGCAAGGCUAAAAGACACAACAUUCUUUCUCAUCUGGAAUAAAAUCUAGCCUGAAGAGGACCUUACUUUGAAGAACUGACUUACAUUUUUUAUUUAUUUUUUGUACUUCUUUUAUGCAAAAUGAACAUUCAGAGGGCAACGUUGUUUUUAUGUUGGAUGAUUCUGUGCAUGGACACCUGUCUAAGCCAGAGAGACUGCACAGGUGUGGACUGUCCUGUUCUGCAAAGCUGUAUUGAAACAGUUUUAGAGAAGGGUGCCUGCUGUCCCACCUGUACACAAAGGGGCUGCACCUGUGAGGGUUACCAGUACUAUGACUGCGUCCAAGCAGGCUUCCGGAAGGGGAAAGUCCCAGAGGGGGAAGCUUACUUUGUAGAUUUUGGAAGCACUGAAUGCUCCUGUCCCCAAGGAGGAGGGAAAAUAAGCUGUCGUUUUAUUCCGUGUCCUGAAAUCCCCCCCAACUGCAUUGAUAUUUCACAACCUGCAGAUGGGUGUCCGCAAUGUGGGCGGAUUGGCUGUACCUAUGGCAACAAGAAGUACGAGGCGGGACACUCCUUUCAGGUCGACAAUUGUCAGGUUUGCCACUGUCCGAAUAAUGGUGGGAGGUUAAUGUGCUCACCUAUCCCCGGUUGCGACCUUCGUAGUUCUAAUAAGCCCAUGUGGGCUACGACCACUGAGAACAACAACCCUUUAGGAGACAUUAGCAGCCGUGAUGACAACCGACAAAGGAGUCCUGUGGAACCAUUUUCCAAGCUGGCAGUGGGAAACACUUUACCACUGUAUAAGCAAGACCCACCCAGUUUUGGCACAGGGGAUUAUGACUACACACUGGCAGGGCCAACGUCCUCCACUAUCCAAGAUCUGGCCCAACCACUGGAAUCUACUACAGUACCGCCAGUUUAUCCAGAGUCAAGCUCCAAUUCCUUCAGCUCCCAUGAUGACAGGAGACAUGAGCUGAGGGAGACACAAAAAAGCUCUGAUUCAGAGAGGAGCAGCGAGGCUGAGGUCACACAUAACAUGGAUACAACCACUACAGGGACUCAGAGCGAAACAUCAACAUCGCUAACAACUACACAGGGAGUGACCACAGAGAACCACAGGCCGCAGCAGGAAGUUGCUGACAGAACCAUUAGACACAAUAGUGGCAGAAACGGAGUGGCACAGGACACUUUAAAAGACACAGCAUACAACGCCCGUGGAAACAAGGGGGCCAGGCAUUUUGGCCAUCACAAACAUACUCAAGGCAGUCGUACAGGAAGUCAUGGCGGCUCCCAUUCUGUCGGCCAUAAGGAACAAGAAUCAGUGGAGCACAGGCAGACGCUGAGUAGAGAGGAGCAGACUUCAUACCCCUCAAUACAGUUCAGUCCCACCAGCAGAGCUCCAGUCAGGAUGAGGGAGGAUGGAGAACAGCCUCAAAGACAACCCCAAACCCUCUACAACUACAAGUCUCAGGAUGUGGAGGGAGAUGCCGAAGUGUCUGCCAAGGAGCUGGUGAAGACCUGCUGCGAGACAGGGGAGAAAUGGGCUUCAGCUAAUGGUCACUGUGACAAUAUGGAGCAACCCACAAAAGAUAGGCACUCCAUCUGCUGGACUGCCCAACAACAGUGCUGCAGAGGUUCCCUGAGAGAAAGUCGGUGUUUGGCUGGAAUGAAUGCAGCCAGAGCAGGAAAUAUGUGUCAAGAGGACGUCAGUGAUGAAUGUGGGAUCGAUUCCUACAAGGAGUGCUGUGGCUGCUGCUCUCUGGGGCUGCAAUUCCACCGUGAGGGGCAUCGCUGCGAAGCCCACCAGUACCUGGGUUUCCAUUGCAGACAUGUCUUUCUAACCUGCUGCAAGGGGGAGGAGAGUAGGGCUGGGAAUCAAGACGGCUGGCAUACUGUCAGAGAGAGGCCCGCUCUCAACUCCACUCCACAGCCAAUAAAAGUGUCUGACAGCCCGUACCCUAAAGAGGCCUUCUCCAUUGGUGAGGAGCGGGAUGGGGAGAAUGCAGUCGAGGGUCCUGUUGAGGUGGAGGACAUGGACGAGUGCCUGAUAUACGAGGGCAACAUCUGCCACCACAGAUGUGUCAACACGCCAGGCUCUUACCGGUGUGAGUGCCUCCCUGGAUAUGUGCUGCAAGACGACGCUUUCACUUGUGCACAAGAGACGGUGGACAAGGAGAACAGACUGAACGAGGAUGACAGAGCGGCAGUGGAGCCCAUUCUACCGCUUCCGACCCCCACCCACCCCCCUGUUCCAGUCAACCCCUGUGAAGGAAGCCCAUGUGAGCAACACUGCACCUCAGUGGGCGGAAGGCCACAGUGCUCCUGUUUCUCAGGAUUCUCCCUUAUGGCUGAUGGACGAUCCUGUGAGGACAUAAAUGAGUGUUUCUCCAUGAGUGUCUGCCAGUUGAAUGAGCGCUGCGUGAAUACUGCAGGGAGUUAUAUCUGUCAGAGACCGAUCACCUGUCCCCCGGGAUACCAGAUCAGCAACGACAUUUGUGAAGAUAUCAAUGAGUGUGUGCAGCAGAGCCAUAACUGUGGGUUCGGCUUUGAGUGUGUGAAUACCGAGGGCUCGUUUAGGUGCAACCCCAAACCUCGAUGUCCUGUGGGCUUUAUCCAGAACGUACAGGGCAACUGUAUAGACAUUGAUGAGUGUGGCGCUUCGUCCCAGCCAUGUAGCCUGGGAUUUAACUGCAUCAACACAGUGGGAUCCUACAUUUGCCAGAGGAAGAUCAUAUGUAGCCGUGGCUAUCAUGCCAGUCCUGAUGGAUCCAGAUGUAUUGAUGUGGACGAGUGUCAGGGCGGUCUGCAUCAAUGUGGAGAGGGUCAACUGUGCCACAAUCUGCCUGGUUCCUAUCGUUGUGAAUGCCAGACGGGCUAUCAGUAUGACUCAUUCAGGAGGAUGUGUGUAGAUGUAAAUGAGUGCUGGCGCUACCCAGGCCGCCUGUGUGCCCAGACCUGUGAGAACACCCCAGGCUCCUAUGAAUGCUCGUGUACCUCUGGCUUCCGCUUAUCCGGCGAUGGGAAGAACUGUGAAGAUGUGAAUGAGUGUUUGGCCAGCCCAUGCAGUCAGGAGUGUGCCAACAUCUAUGGUUCCUACCAGUGCUACUGCAGACAGGGCUACUACCUCAGGGAGGAUGGGCACACCUGUGAAGACAUUGACGAAUGCUCCCAAAGCAUUGGCCAUCUGUGCACCUAUAAGUGUGUGAAUGUUCCUGGCAGUUACCAGUGUGCUUGUCCUGAAUAUGGGUACACCAUGUCUCCAAACGGACGCUCUUGCAGAGAUAUCGAUGAAUGUGCCACGGGGGCCCAUAACUGCUCUCUAGCUGAGACCUGCUACAACAUCCAAGGAGGGUACCGCUGCCUUUCUCUCAACUGUCCACCAAACUAUCGCAAAGUGUCCGACACGCGCUGUGAGCGGAUCAGCUGUCCUAACUACAUGGAGUGUCAAAACUCUCCUCUGAGAAUCACCUACUACUACCUCAGCUUCCAGUCCAACAUUGUCAUCCCUGCUCAGAUCUUCCGCAUCGGACCCUCCCCCGCCUACUCGGGAGACAACGUUAUCGUCAGCAUCACCCAGGGAAACGAGGAAAACUACUUCAGCACCCGGAAGCUGAAUGCCUACACGGGCGCUGUGUACUUAAAUCGACAGGUCGAGGGUCCGAGGGAUUUCUUAAUUAAUGUGGAGAUGAAGCUUUGGAGACAGGGGACGUUUACCACUUUCCAGGCCAAGAUCUUUGUCUUCAUCACAGCCAACUCACUCUAACAGUUACAGAUGUGCUGUGUGGCCACUAUGGACCUUUUUUCAUUAUCACUAUUUACUAUUUAACAAUGUCAUAAAAAAAAGUAUACCACUGUCUGUUAUGAUUGAAUAGUUACUCUCGCAUCCAGUUGAUGUUAGUAUUAAAACAUUGCUGUAGGAGUAGUAAAAUAUUCAGAAACUACAAAAGAAAGAAACUACAAAGCUUUGUGUCAGCUUCUGUUUUCAUUGCAAUUGCAUGAAAACUCUGUAAUAGCAAAUUAUCUUUUUUUUCAUUACUCACCUUAAAUUGCUAUCAUACACAUCAUUAAUUUCCAUGGCUCGAAAGACCCAUGCAAAACACAUUCCUUAUUUUACAAAACCCAUCAAAAUCGGAAUCCAAAUUAAUGACUUUGGAGAUACAAAGAUAUUUAUUAUAACACCAGAAUACAAAUUGCAUUAACAGUAGAAUCCCCAUCUCCCUUUCCCUCCACACAUAUUCAACAUCAGCCCUGUUUUGAUUUUCUUAACCAGAUGUGAGUAAAGCAUACAAGUGAUAACAGGCAACCUCUAGCUUCAGCCCAACUCUUUUUUUCAUAGUGAGAGACUAUUGUAUGCCAGUGUUCUGCUCAUAUCAUCUAUUAUCAGAUGAUGAUGUGUAGUUUGAUAACCCUGUGGUGAAAGCAGAAGAAAUAGUUUAGUUUCCAUUACAGUGCCUAAACGAUUUUCUUUUACCCCCGCGCCGCUGUUUUUAUUGUCUUUGAAGUAUUUUAUAUUAUAUCAUUUUAUAUUACUCUAUAUGGUGUAUUUUUGUAUCCCUGUAAUAGACACAUUAUGGAUGGAUGUAUCAUAUUUUUUAUUCUAGAUUUAUAAGUUGCAAAGUAUUUUAGUAAAACAUAAAAAAAACACCAAUGUGGUUUGGUGAGUAUUGGCUAAUUUUAUUUAUUAGGAAGAAUAUUGUUUUUAUUCAACAGACUUUAAUUAUGCACUCAUUUUUGCUCAUACGCUGUAUAUAGCAACACAUUGAAUUCCUCAGUGAAGUUGUUAAAGUAUAUAAUCCAUUCUUGUCAGGGCAUGCCACACAAUAAAUAUCCAUGCCUAUUUACAUACCUGUUCACACCUUGCUAGUGAACUCACCAUGCAUGUCGUUCAUCAACUCACACCUGUUUGACGCACACACAUUUUAUGAAAGCUAAUAAAAGCAAUGAUCAUGUUUGAUAUCUGAAAUAAAAAAUAAUUAUAGUCUUCUUAUA